UACUCUCUCUCCUUUCCAUAUCCAUUAGGACCAUUACACAUAUUCAUAUCAUUCCAAAACCAUCCCCACAAAUCAUAUCUUCCUCUCUCCAUCCCUUCUGACAAUCUCUCUCUCUCUCUGUAUUCUUCUUCAAAAAGGAUCCACAAGUCGAAAUGAUGAUGAGGAAUCCAAACAAUACUACCAUCAGAGAGAAGAAGAAGCCAAAUCAUCCAUGUGGUGGUAGUAACAACAAACCAAAGCUAAGAAAGGGACUAUGGUCUCCUGAUGAAGACGAGAAACUCAUAAGGUAUAUGUUGACCAAUGGACAAGGAUGUUGGAGUGACAUUGCUAGGAAUGCUGGUCUCUUACGAUGUGGCAAAAGUUGUCGCCUUCGUUGGAUCAAUUACUUGAGGCCUGAUCUUAAACGUGGUUCCUUCUCUCCUCAAGAAGAAGAUCUCAUCAUCCAUUUUCAUUCCAUUCUUGGUAAUAGGUGGUCCCAAAUAGCCACUCGGCUUCCAGGAAGAACAGACAGCGAGAUCAAAAACUUUUGGAACUCGACAUUGAAGAAAAGGUUUAAGAACAACAACAAUGCUUCUUCAGAAUCAUCACCUAACAAUAGUAAUAGUAACUCCUUGGACCCAAGAGAGCAACAUGUGGACAUCGGAGGCAAGUCAAAUCCAACGAUGGAUAGCUAUCAUCAUCAUGAUGAAAUAAUGAUAGUGGGAAGCACCAUGGGCAUGGACUCUUCUUCAUUCAGUUAUGCACAUGUGGUUAAUGGUGUUGGCUUAAACCAGCUUCAUCCAUUGAUAUCAGUACCGGAUCAUAACCAAUAUCAACAAAUGGUAAACACAGGAAACUUGUUCAACGUCAAUGGGUUAGGAGGAGAUUACAGAAAUGCAAUUCUUGAUCCGAUUAGCAAGGGAACAUCAGUAGGAAGUGAAUGGUUACUUCCUCGGUCGGAGAAUAUUGAUGCCAUUGCUUGUACCACAAGAAACAAUGUAAACUUAGAGGUUCUUGCUCCUUGCUUCAAUAGCAAAAAUAUGAGUCAUUCAGAAAGCUUCAAAGUAGGGAACCUGUUAGGCAUGGAGAACAGUUCCUGGGAAAUAGAAAAUCCCAAAAUAGGAGAUUGGGAUUUGGAUAGUCUCAUCGAUAACAACUCUUCUUUCCCCUUCCUUGAUUUCCAAGUUGAUUAACAUUCUUCUAUACAUCUUCAGGAACCAGUUACCAAAGCAGAUACUUCCCCCCCCCCCUACCGGAGCUCGAAUUUGAUUAGUCCUAUCUCAUUCCAUGAGUCUUUUUUCUUUUGCAGCAAGUCUUCUUUCCAUCAAGCUUGGUCUAUUCUUUUAUUUCCAUUUAUGUUCCUAUCAUAUGUUCCAGGAAGCUAAGUAUAUGUUUUACAUCUAUAGGGAGGAGGAGUUAGCCACUAUGCAUGGUUCCUUUAGUACAUGAAAUGUGAAUAGGAAGGUACAUUGAGAUUUUAUUUGCUGAGGAGGUACUUAAAUAAUGGCCCACGCAAUGAGGUGAUUAGAUGGUUUAUUUGUAUAGCUUUUUCUUAUCUUUCCAAUUCUUUUUCUGUAUAAAUCCGAGUUUGAUGUGUAAAACACGGUUUCUUAAUAAGAAAGC